GAUUGAAAUCACAAAUGGAUUGAAAUAUUCCCAUCGUAUUGUAUUUUGUAAACAAAUUUCCUGAACUUGAUAAGGUAAACGAGAUAUAUGAGAAUUGUUAAAAAGGUCGAAGAUGCCAAAACGUAGUUUGAACACUGAAAGAAGACCUUUCGUGGGUUUCAAUAAAGAGACUGAUUUGUUUCCUGAGACGGCAAAUGAUAUCAGGGAAACGAACGACAGCUCUGAUGAGGAUGAAAGUGAAUACGAAGGCUUGGAGUCAGAAGACGAGAAAUCUGACGAACGCGAAGAACUAAAGGCACUCGAAAAUGGGUAUGGGGAUGAUGAUUCUUAUGAAGAUGAAAGCAGCUCAGAUGAAGAGAAUACUCAUUUGUUUGGUUCAGGCUCAAAUGAACGUCAGGUUGAUGGAGAUGACAGUAUGAAUGAAGAUAAACAUGAAAAGAACGUUGGCAGUGAAAAUGAUAGAAUAGAUGAGCGUAAAGUGAAGGAGACUACCUUAGAAACUGAGGAUUCUGAUGAAGAGGAAGUGCGAAAUACCAUUGGUAAUGUUCCCAUUGAAUGGUACAAUGAAUAUCCACAUAUUGGUUAUAAUCAUCAUGGAGAAAAAAUAUUAAAACCUGCUACUGGUGAUGAGCUUGAUGAGUUUCUUUCCAAAAUGGAUGAUCCAAAUUACUGGAGAACUGUCAAAGAUAAGCAAACAAUGAAAGAAAUUGUCUUAACUGACCAAGAACUGCAAAUCAUUGACAGCAUUCAGAAUAAACAUUAUCCGGCAAAUGCCGAUGAUCCAUAUCAGCCUUAUAUUGAUCAUUUUUCUUCCAUCAAAAUGGAACAUCCUAUUUCUAAUAUGCCAGAGCCGAAAAGCAGGUUUAUUCCUUCAAAGUGGGAACAUAAAAAAAUUAUCAAGAUUGUUAGAGCAAUUCGUAAUGGUUGGAUAAAACCUAAGAAAUCGGUGACUGAUAAACCUAGGUAUUACAUGAUAUGGGACCAAGAAGAUUUACAGAAAAAAGUAUCUCGAUACCAUACACAUAUACCUGCUCCAAAAAUGAAACUACCUGGUCAUGAAGAAUCCUACAAUCCACCUCCUGAAUAUUUGCCCACGGAAGAAGAGAUAAAAGCUUGGGAAGAGAUGGAUCCAGAAGACAGGCAAACUAAUUUUCUUCCCAAAAAAUACUCUAGCUUGCGUCUGGUUCCUGGUUAUAAGAAUUUUAUUCAAGAAAGAUUUGAAAGAUGUCUUGAUUUAUACUUGUGUCCUAGACAAAGAAAAAUGAGGCUCAAUGUGAAUCCAGACGAUCUUAUUCCUAAACUGCCAAAACCAAAAAACCUUCAACCUUUCCCAACAACGCAAGCUUUGUUAUAUCUUGGACAUGAGGGGAUUGUUAGAUGUAUAUCUGUGGAUCCAAGUGGACAGUGGCUAAUAACGGGUGGCGAUGACAAAACUGUGCGAUACUGGGAAGUUUCAACGGGUCGUUGUCUUUCAACCAUUCAGUUUGAGAAUAAAGUCCAGAGUGUUGCAUGGAAUCCAAAUCCAUCAUUAUCACUUAUAGGUGUUGUAGUCGCUGAUACGGUGAUGUUGGUGAGCACAUUUCUUGGUGAUAAAUUGAUAUAUUCCGCCACUGAGCAACUAAUUUCAUCCUUUGAACAGCCCAGUGAAGAAAAGGCUCAACAUGUUUCAUGGGAGCAGGUUAAAGAAGAUGAACGAAGAUAUAAAGAUGGAAUAAGACUUGUGCUAAAACAUAAGAAGGCCAUACAACAAGUUGCAUGGCACAAAAAAGGAGAUUAUUUUUCUGUCGUCAUGCCCGAAGGUGGAAAUCAGUCUGUAAUAAUACAUCAAUUAAGUAAACGUCGUAGUCAGCAACCCUUUCGAAAAUCGAAAGGUUUAAUCCAGUGUGUUCGAUUUCAUCCUCUGAAGCCAUUUCUGUUUGUUGCUACUCAACGUUACAUACGCAUAUACGAUCUUGUCAAGCAACAACUUUUGAAUAAACUGCAGUCGACGGCCAAAUGGAUUUCCUGCAUGGCAAUACAUCCUCAAGGUGAUAAUUUGAUUGUUGGUAGUUACGAUCGUAGAUUAUGUUGGUUCGAUAUUGAUCUUUCAACAUAUCCUUACAAGACGUUAAGGCAUCACCAAAAGGCCUUACGUCAAGUAAUUUAUCAUCAACGUUAUCCAUUGUUUGCAUCGUGCAGUGAUGAUGGCACUGUCAUUGUUUGUCAUGGAAUGGUUUACAGUGAUCUUAUGCAGAAUCCUUUGAUAGUUCCUGUAAAGUUACUCAGAGGACAUAAACAAGCUGAUAAUUUAGGUAUUUUGGAUUGUGUAUUUCAUCCUUCACAACCUUGGAUUUUUACAUGCGGAGCGGAUUCAACCGUAAGGCUGUAUAUUUGAUUUCUUAAAUAUAUAUAUAUACAUAUAUUUAUAUGCAUGUAUAACGGUGAGUUGAUUUAGAACUAAGUUUAUAAAAUCGAGAACAUUCAUCGCAUCGCAGACUAUUAUUGAUAAUUCUUCAAUAUCCAAUUGAAGGGCAAGCUUAAGACAUUAUGUUUGCUAAGCUCAGUAAAUCGUAUUGGUCGAAUCCACUAUUUGUGUAUUUCGUCAAACUUUUGGACUUUUUUAUGUAAUGAGCUGGUUGCUGUUUGUGCUACUAAGAGUACACUUUACCUAACCUUGUA